AUGGCGAGGCUUCUGAAGCAGGCUGCAGCUUAUGCCCUCGUUUUCCGUACAAAGUACGUGAUCAUGACAGACCACGAAGCACUCAUGUUCCUUGUCUUUCGCGACAUGGAAGUUACAAGCAAUUCGACUCCUGCCGAUGUGUGGAGAAAGGGUGUUGGGGAGGCGGUUGAGGUGACAUUCAUCAGACCGCACGAUGAUGAGCCUUUUGAAGGUCCACUGGCUGGAUUUCUUGCGGAGGCACGACAGAAGACCCCGCUGGAUACUGUUACAGACUGA